AUGAUCAAGAAAGGACCUAAACCUAUUCCAAAUGUGGAUGGAAAAGAUAUAAAUACAAAAAUUGGUCUAGAGUCACAUGGUGUGACUAAAGAUCAACAGAAGACUCUAUCAACAAAUGCUAGAGAAAAAGCUUUGUUAUACUGUGCAGUUAGUGGAGAAGAGUAUGCCAAAAUAUCAAACUGCGAAACUGCAAGAGAAAUGUGGGAGAAACUUGAAAUCACAUAUGAAGGAACAUCAAAAGUACGAGAAACCAAAAUUGAUGCUCUAAGGCACGAUUAUGAAGCUUUUAGCAUGAAGGAUGAUGAGAACAUUGAAUCAAUGUUCAUCAGAUUCAGCAAAAUCAUUGGUGAACUUAAAUCUCUUGGAGUGACUUACACCAAUUCUCAACAAGUGAGAAAACUUGUCAGAAGUCUACCCAAGACUUGGAAACCAAAGGCGAUUGUGUUUAGAAGAUGGAAAUCUGGAUAA